AUGGCGCGCCUACAGCGUGGUAAGAUUCGGCAUGAGAGGCAUGGCCAAAUCAUGCAGAUGAAUACGGCGGUUCUGCUGUGUGCGGUGGCUGGAGAGGAGGAGCUUUUCCUCGUCCUGGCGAUAUUGUGGCAAUGCGGCAACUCCAAUGCGUUCCCAACUCCAACCACACUCCCAACUCGAACCACGCCGCCGGGUGAACUGUGCUAACCCUGACUUCCAAGCACUUGACCGCUGGUGUGACUGAUGACUCGCUAACUCCCUCAUGGGGCGGGGAUGCACACAAAGUCCGCCGUACCGUAGGAGAGGUGGCUACCGCG